UAUGUUUGUAUGCUUGCGCAUUAUUUUUCUUUCGUUUUUUUCUUUUCUUUCGUUUGUGUUUCACUCUGCUCUGCGUUGGCCGUUUGAAAAGUUAAGACUAUACUUCACAGGAUCCUUUCUGUAGCCAGUCUUCAUUUAUAUCACCGAUAACUGCUAGGCCUUCAACGCGUGUUGAUGGAAUAAUGACGGCUGGACCUCCGAUCAAUGUUGAUAAAAUAAAUGACAGUGAUAAUACGMAUAACACGGCGGAUUCCAGGUUAUGUGAUGCCCGUGUUUCAAUAGGAGGGAAAACAGCACGAAAAAAAGCAAAGCAGGAAAAGGAGAAAUUGGAAAUGAUAGCUGGCAGUCAAUUGGGGAAGAGGAAAACAGCUGCGGAACAUCAGAGUGCGCGUAAAAAAGAUUCAACAUCUGCAUCUAUAACUACUGAUGAAUCAACGGUCGUCAACUCACCAAUAACUGCUGGACCUUCAACGCGUGUUGAUAGAAUAAURACGGCUGGACCUCCGAUCAAUGUUCUGCAAAUUCUCUUUCCAGGAUAAUUUCUGCGAAUUCUCAACUAUUUUGUGUAAUUUUUGGUUGAACGGCUGCGUUAGCCGUUGAAAAGUGAAGACUUCACAAUGAAUAGUGAUUCAAAUAAACAAUAUAAAAAGUGGCAGUGAUAAUUUCUGCGAAUUCUCAACUAUUGUGUGUGAUUUUUGGUUGAACGGCGGAUUCCAGGUUAUGUGAUGCGGAAAAAGACAGUGCAACCCGCGUUUCAAGAGGAGAGAAAAUAGCACAAUAUUAUCGUGAAUACCG